AUGGAAGUAAUUCAAUCUGCGUUUAAACCAGUUACACAAAGAGAGUUAUUUAUUAUUGUGAAUGGAUUAGAUUAUAUUAUUAAUCAAUCUUAUACUCAAUCCACUGAGUCUUCUAUUUCUAAAAUUAGUCCACAAGGUCUUCAAAGAAAGAGAUUACCAAAAAAGAAGAGGAAGUGGUCUUUACAGGAUAAAAAAAGAGCAGUUAAAUUAGCUAAAUUAAUGGGUGUAACUCAUGCUAUAGAUUACCUUUGUGGGAUUAAUCCUGAAAUAUUUUCUGGGUUAUCUCCUUCUACCCUUCAAUAUUGGAUAAGUCAAUCAGAAGGUAGAAAAAAAGGUUGCUAUGAAUAA